CCCUCUCUAACAACAAUACCAGGUUGGUUUAACUCCAGGUGCUCCAGAUCACACUCCAUAAGCCUCUCCUUUCAGGGGACUUCUUUUGAGACAUUUUAUUGUAAGGGGUUUGGUUAGUUAUAGGAAGAUGAGUCCUGAUCUGCUAGAUUUGUGUAAGGAUUUGUGCAUCGUGUUGUAUCAUUGAAUGGUUAAUUUGUCACAGAACGUAGUUAACAUUUAAACACCUAUUCAUCAUAGCUAAGCUAUUUGCCUUGGUUUAAAAGGUGAUUCAACGGGAUGCUUGUUGGUCUGUCGGGCCCUUGGUUUGUGGUUUUCUGCUCUUACAGGAAGGUUGCUUACAUCGCAGGCAGAGACAUCCCAUUUAUGCUGGGGGUUGUCUGUGAAGCAGAGCAGAGAGCUAGAGAGAGAGAGCGACAGAGAGACAGAGUGAGAGAGAGUGAAAUCACAUGCACUCCCUAUAAUGGUUGGUUAAAAGCAGACAUAUUAACAGAGGUCCUCACUAAACUGAAUAGAAACACUUUUUUGUUCUGUUUCUACUUUACAUUUUUUUUAACAUUUUUUUUACCAGGAUUAUGUUUCUUACGUGUCAGUCUGAAGAUUUUUUUCUCCUGAACACCUGUUGAAGACACAGAGACAUGUUGCUCAGGAGGGGGCGCUGCAACCACAGCCUGUCCUGAAUGUGUGCAGCAGCCAACUAUGUGCUCCCAUUGAGGAGGCACAGUGAGGGCUUGGCGAAUCCUGGCAGGCUGUGUGGGGGGGUAUCGAUGCCCACCCAUGCCCCUGGAGCCCGGUCACAUGGAGCCCCCCACCCACACGACGAAGAGAUGGACUUGGCCUGGCAGGAACUGAUGGCCAUCACUGAGCUUCAGGAGUUUGAGGUCCCACAUGACAGCCCAGAUGAAAAUAUUCAGUACCAUCCCAUGGAGCUGCCCAUCUCUCUGGGAGGUUAUGGCAUGGCUCAGUCUCACUCUCAUACAGAGCCCCUCCCCUGUGGUGGUGAGACAAAUCCUGAUGCUGCUUAUGAGGGAUCCUACUCUAAAGUAAUGCCAGCUUGCCAACAUCAGGCCACCGGGGAAGCAGCAGCAGAGGCACUGUACGGACAUUCUGGAAACCAUUCUGGAAACCAUUCUGGAGCCCAGCUGAACCCCAGAGUUCUGAACCCUAUACAGCCACCGCUGAUGAGCCUUCUAGAGCAUAUGAGUCUCCCGAGCGUCGGUGGUGAGGGGCUUGUUGGAAACGACAAUGCUGGCCCCUCUCUGGGCCCGGGGCGGUACGUGCUAGGGACAAGUCAUGGGCAGAGCAAACACCCACCAUGCACUAUGGAUGAUCUGGAAUCUGACUCUGGCCUAUCUCUGGGUUCCAGCCCACCACUAGCCUCACCAGAUGAUGCCAUGACUGGUGUCCCUGCUUAUUCAAGCACAGAGGUUGGUCUGAACUUUAGUCACGGGGAGAUGGAGAAUAUGGGUGAGCAAGGUGGGAGAGCUAGCCUCUUUUACUCUGUGGACUAUCAGCAGCAUCCCAAUCACCCCUACCACUACUCAGGGAUGCACUCCUCUUACUUCCCUGUAACACAACCAUCCCAAAUGCAACCACAGCCUCACUUCCUGCCUCCCAUGUCAAUGAAACAUCAACAUGGUUUACCCAGUGCCUUGAACGACCGGCAUCUUAACAGCUCUGCUACCAGAGAGAGCUCUCCCCAGGCGUUCUAUGAAAAACCCAGAGGUAACCCUCUUCCUGUCCCUCUGAGCCGGGACGAACGCCGAGCCCUCGCCCUCAAGAUCCCUUUCUCUCUAGAGAAGAUCAUCAACCUACCUGUGGACGACUUCAACGAGCUCCUGACACAGUACACCCUCACGGACUCCCAGCUCGCCCUCGUCAGGGACAUCCGCCGGCGGGGGAAGAACAAGGUGGCAGCCCAGAACUGCAGGAAGAGGAAGCUGGAGAACAUUGUUUACCUGGAGGGGGAGUUGGGUCAGCUGCAGGCCCAGAGGGAACAUCUGGCCAGGGAGAGGUUGGAGUUCCAACGCAACCUGACUAUUGUUAAACACCGCCUCACAGACUUGUAUGCUGAAGUCUUUUCUCAGCUCCGGGAUGAGGAUGGACACCCCUACUCUAUAGAGGACUACUCUCUACAGCAGACCCCUGAUGGGAACGUAUACCUGGUGCCUCGUAGUGAAGUGUUGGAUGGAGAAUAAUGUAUGAAAUCUAUUGGACAGUUAUUGUAUACUGCCUCAGUUUAUAUACCAAUAUGAAAUUGUUGCUAAAUCUACAGUACAAUAAGUGCCAUUAAGGAUAUUUACAUACACUGUUCCAUGGUUUUGUAUGUAGAGAUCAGAUAAAAUGGCAGCUAAAAGGCCUCCAUGUUAAACUAAUCAAUAUUUAGGGCCUUUAGACAGUACUCAUACCCCUUGACUUAUUCCACAUUUUGUUGUUAUAGCCUGAAUUCAAAAUGGAUCAAAUAUACUGAACAAAAAUAUAAACGCUAGUUCAAUAUAAGGAAGUCAGUCAAUUGAAUGAAAUGCAUUAGGCCCAAAUCUAUGGAUUUCACAUGACUGGGAAUAGAUAUGCAUCUAUUGGUAACAGCUACCUUCAAUACAAAUAGGCCUCAGGAUCUCGUCACGGUAUUUCUGUGCAUUCAAAUUGCCAUCGAUAAAAUGCAAUUGUGUUCGUUGUCCGUAGCUUAUGCUUGCCCAUACCAUAACCCCACCACGGGCAUCAGUAAACCAUACAUGAGGUCGGUGGUUGUGAGGCCGGUUGCCAAAUUCUCUAAACCGUUGGGGAAGCGGCUUAUGGUAUAGAAAUGAACAUUUAAAUUCUCUAGCAACAGCUAUGGUAGACAUUCCUGCAGUCAGCAUGCCAAUUGCACGCUCCCUCAAAACUUGAGACAUCUGUGGCAUUGUGUUGUGUGACAAAACUGCACAUUUUAGUGGCCUUUUAUUGUCCCCAGCACAAGGUGCAUCUGUGUACACUUCUGCAGUGUAUUGAUCAUGCCGUUUAAUCAGUUUCUUGAUAUGCCACACCUGUCAGGUGGAUGAAUUAUCUUGGCAGAGGGAAAAUUCUCACUAACAGGGACAGAAACAAAUUUGUGCACAACAAUUGAGAGAAACAAGCUGUUUGUGUGUAUGGGACAUUUCUGGGAUAUUUUAUUUCAGCUCAGGAAACAUGGGACCAACACUUUGCAUGUUGCGUUUAUAUUUUUGUUCAGCUACACGAAAUACCCUAAUAAUGACAGUGAAAACAUGUUUCAAGAAAUGUUUGCAAAUGCAUUGAAAAUUAAAUAAAGAAAUAUCACUUGCAUUAGUGUGAUAUCCCCUUUGGCAGCAAUUACAGCGGAGUCUUUCUGGGUAAGUCUAAGAGCUUUGCACACCUGGAUUGUACAAUAUUUGCACAUUAUUAUUAUUAAGCAUUGCAUGACAGCUAUUUUCCCAUCUUGCCAUAGAUUUAAACCAGAUUUAAUUCAAAACUAUGCCACACUGCAACAUUCAAUGACGUCUUGGUAUAUCUGGCCUUGUGUUUUAAGUUGUCCUGCUGAAAGGUGAAUGUGUUGCCUGGAAAGCAGACCACCAGGUUUUCGCUGGUGCGUAGCUCUAUUCAGUUCGUUUUUUAUCCUGAAAAAUUACCUAGUCCUUGCCGAUGACAAGCAUACCCAUAACAUGCAGGCACCACCACACUUGAAAAUAUGGUAUUGGAUUUGCCUCUAACAUAACGCUUUGUAUUCAGGGCAGUUAAUUUCUUUGCCACAUUACUUUUGUGCCUUACUGCAAAUAGGAUGCAUGUUUUGGAAAACAUCUAUACAGGCUUCCUUUUCACUGUAAUUUAGGUUAGUAUUGUGGCGUAACUUAACUGUUGACCCCUCAGUUCUAUCACAGCCAUUAAACUGUUAAAAUCAGCAUUGGCCUCAUGGUGAAAUCUGAGUGUUUUCCUUCCGCUCCGGCAACAGUUAGGAAGGCCGCAUGCAUCUUUGUAGUGACUUGGUGUAUUGAUACAUCAAGAGUUAAUAUAUACCAAUAGGUGCCCUUGGCGAGGCAUUUGAAAAUCUCCCUGGUCCUUGAGGUCAAAUCGGUUGAAAUUCUAUUUGACUUACGGAAUUAUAAAUAAAAUCAGCAGUUUUGCUGAACUACAACAAUAAUCCACCUUGAUAUUGUAUGUAGGCCAGUGACAGGCUCAAUUUAAAUUCAGGCUAGGAAAAUGUGGAGAAAGUCAGGGGGGAGAAUACUUAAGGCACUGUAGUUACGUGAGCUAACCAGUCAUAUGCCUAUGCUCGUUCUGGAUACAAUGAUAAAUCUAAAAUGUACAUUUGGGAAUUCUAUUAUAAGAAUGUCUAUGAUUUUUACAGUCCAUGUAUAUCAGAAUAUGAAGUGUGUACCAUGUGGUAGUUGAACAGUAUUUAUGAGGAAAAGUAGGUUUAAAAAAUAUUUUAUUGAUAAACAGGAAGUGGGUAAAAACAAGUUAAAAUCCUGCACAGCAGUCUUCACAGUAUACAAAUAGCCAAUUGCAUCUUUCCAGGCACCCUAAAAGAGAACAGACCAUUGUUUAAAAUCAGGACAGCCUCACAAACUCUUAAUAUUUCCAAGUUAUCAAAAGGUCGUCGCUUACUAUAUGCAAUGCAACAAUGUUCCGCUUAAAAAUCAUGCUUUUGGAUAGCUGUCCUUUCGAUUCAGUCAUUUUCCUAGAAAGCACCAGAGGAAAAGGAGACAAAUGAAUAUCAGAAGAUAAACCAAUGAAAAAGGCGUUAGUGAUAUAUUCCAUGAUUUGACUGCAAACGUCAGCAUGCAUUAUGAGAUUGGCACGCUGGUAAAGACAAUGUUACGCAAAAGGUCCAGACCGUUCUAUUAGAUGGGGGGCAUUGGUUUCUAAUAAAACACUGCACAUCCAAAUAAAAAUGUACACGGUCAUUAAUGCUAUACUAUGAAUUUCUACAACAAAACUAGUGUAUGCUCAUACCAACUACAGAACAUGUUAUUCAAACUGACAGUAGUUGGAAAAGUCUUCUUACCUACAGGCGGCAUCUAAGUGCUUUGGUAGCUGCUGUCUGCUAGUCUCACAUGCCUUCUUGCUACUCACUCUCCUGCUUCACACUGCUCCUUCCUGCCAGGCGAUGGGUUUGUUUGCUACGUCUCUCCCUCAGCUCAGCUGGCUUCCAUGGCUGGCUAGCCUCAAGACUGCAUCAUGUAAGCUAGCCUUCUGCUGGCAGCUGUACUGUCUGACAGGAGAGUCUGAUCUAGCCAUCCAACUCACGUCUCUGGAGCAGUUCUCAAAGAGAUGGGCUCUCUGUGUGGACCAAGUAUUUGAACUACCAUAGCUUCACCCAUUGGCGUUCAUCAAGGACUUCAACGCUAUUGUGACACUACGUUGUCACAAACCUUCCAUUGAUGUGCUGGGAUAUGAGUGUCUACAUUCUGUAGUAUGUGCAUUGGAACAGACUAAGAAUGUCUUGUGUAAGAAAGGAAUAAAGCAUAUUGGACUAG